GCAGCCAUUUUGCAUUUACGUCUGAGUGCGGCAGCGGCAGUCAACGAAGCAGGAUUUUGUGGUUUUCUACAACAAAACCUGGUUGUUUUAAACUAUUCUAAAUUUCGAACCUGGUAAUUACAAUAUAAUCUUUUUACACGAUGUCUUUGGCUGUUACAUGGUAGUGUUAAAAUAUAAAAGUGAAUAACAUGGUAAUUAUACAAUAAACAGCAGUCUUAAGGAGAGUUAGCUGACGCUAAGGUGGUGAGACAUUGGUGGCCAAGGUAGGCCUUUGUUACAUAGCUAACUUAACUUUAAUCUUAAAUGGUCCUAAACCACAAAAUAUGCAUAGGGUUAGGGUAUGUAGCAGUACAUAUAACAUCAGCGUGUUCUGUUAGUAAAACUUCAUUGUUGAAUGUUAUUUAGCUAACGCGUUUCUAAUUAUUUAAUGCUUACCGAGUAAUAUGUUUCUGUCACUGCUGAGAAUCGCUCAUAGUUCGCUACUGAUACCUUUGAGCUACUCUUUGCAUUUCAACAGUAAGUAUAUUAUUGCUUUCCUGACUGGCUUGUUUUUAAACUUUUAACGCACAUAGCUUGAAAGAUCAACGAAGGCUAGCUACCUGUAAAGUUACUUGCUAAUAUUUUAGGCGUUAUGCCUAAUAAUAACGACUAUUGUGGUUGUGGUUUCAGGAAAACUAUUUAUUUUGUUUGUAGCGCAAAUUAGUAAUUUGUUAGCAGUUUUCUAUCCCAUUAUUUCAGUGCAAGUGCAAUUUUCCAUUUUUUAAAAUGAAAGGGAGAGUUGUUCUUCAAGCUGAUCGUCACCGUCGAACAAGGGCCUUCCUGUCCAGAAUAAAUAAACAGCGCAGUUUCGGGCUCAAGAAAGUUGCAUAUUUGGUUGUUUAUUCUGUAUUUGAUACUUGAAAUACAUAAACAUGAGUUGACAGCGAGUCUAUCCACAGUCUAUCUGGACCCUUGCAACCAAAUAGCAGUUUUCCCAGGAGUCGUUAUUGGACGGAUUUUUGUGUCAUGAUGUUGUAGCUCUGUGGAAAUGUCCAGGUGUCUCCUUUGUAUUUGUGCACAAGUGUAUGUCUCUUAUUAACACCUUUUCAGUUUCCUGGGGAGUGUUUUUGAUUGAUUUUGUAGGUUUAAAACCAUCUUCUUGGCCCUUUGUGGGGAUCCCUGGAUAUGGAUAGCUUGUCCCCAUGAAAAUACAUUGGCAGAAGAUUUUUUUUUUCUCAUCAGCAUUGGUAAUCCACCACUGAAAGUCUCCUGAAGCUUGAAUAUCCUGUCCGUUUUUCCCUACUGCUAUCACCCAAUUGUCACCAAGUGUGCAAAAUACCAUCAGGCCCAAGGAGAAGCUGAGGAUUUUUUCCCGCCCAUCGUCCCAUGUUUGUCCCCUUUUUGGCACAUCAGAUUUAAGAUUUUUUGCAUCAUUUUUUUCUUUUCUGGCUGUUUAUGUCCCCUCCCCCUUUAUUUCAUUAGUUACACCAAUUAAUUAAAAAAAAAAAAAAUCCCAAAAGGACUAUAUUGCAUCCACCACCUGUAAUAUUUAACAGUCUGGCGGAGAUAAAGAUAUCUCAGAGAUGGGAUGUCAUAGGAAGACAAAUGUCUCUGGGCGACCCACCCUCUUUUCCUCUUAUCUCACGGAUCAAGUGUUCCUUCAGGACUCCUCACCACCACGGAGACACCCUACCAGCAGUAAAGAGGCAGACAGCUUCUCAGCCACCUCAGGGAGAGUCCUGUUGGCCCUGAAGAGAACCAGCUGCUGGGUUUUAAGUUCAUAACUCCAUCACCUCCACACCUUAAGACGCAUACCAUGACCAACCAUGGAGAUGACUGCUACUUCUUUUACUAUUCCACCUGCACUAAAGGAGACAGCUGCCCAUUCAGGCAUUGUGAGGCAGCUAUGGGUAAUGAGACCGUCUGUAGCCUCUGGCAGGAAGGGCGCUGCUUUCGUUCCAUCUGCAAGUUUCGCCACAUGGAGAUCACAAAAAAUCGAAAGGAGAUACCUUGUUACUGGGAGAACCAGCCAGCUGGCUGCCAGAAGCCUCACUGUGUCUUCUUCCAUGAAAAGCCUCGCUAUUUUGAUGGCAUCUUCGUCCCACCUAAUAAAAGUCUGAGCAAGAUUGAUGAACAGCUACAUGAGGAACCAGCUCCCCUGCCAGCUGCCCCUCUCCCCACCGCAGCUAAUCCGCAGCUCAGAGGUGUCAUUAAGACAGAAAUUCAGGAGCCAGUACCAAGCCCCACUCAUCCACCAGUGGUGAUUAAUCCAGCAGAUGAUGAUGAAGAUGAAGAUGAUCAAUUCUCAGAGGAGGGAGAGGAUGGCAAAGUUGGCCCUUCUCCUAGAAAGCCACCCAAGUCAGAUGACUCGCUGAAUUUUGGAGUGAGCACCCUAGAGGAGAUCCGACUGAGGAAGGCCCUGAAGGCCAGCAUGAAGAAAGCUGGUUGCACGAUUCAAAGCGCUGACACCUCAGCCACUGGAGAGAAAGAAAACAUCCACUCUUUUUUUCAGCCAGCUGUCUACGAGGCCAGAGAUGGCCCAUUUGUCUUUGAAGAAAGUGGCAGACCAAGGAGCAGUGUAUCUGACAGACUUGGAAGGAAACUACCCAACACUGAAGUUGGCUCACUGAAAAGGAGUCUGGCUGAUCGUCUGGGCAGAUUUGUGGAUGAGGAACAGUCAAUAAUGCCCCCUCACAAAGCUUUGAAGCCUGUUAAGGCACUUGUAAUUAUAUUAAAUGUAUAUUAUAUUCAUUAAAAUGCUAUUUAUUGUCCCCCGACUUUCACAACAGCUGAGACCAAGAUGGAGUUGAAGAAAGCUUCUGAGCAGAUCCGCAUCAAAACACUGGAGGAGAUCCGACAGGAGAAGGCAGCAAAGUCUCAGCCUCGGAAUGAUGGCCAUUCAGACGAUGCUUCAGAAAUUAACAAAACUGUUACUACCAAAGCUAAGGGGAUCAGGCGAGCCAUCACCAUUACAGACAGCUCCAUAGCCCAUGUCAAAAUGUUUUCUGAGAUCCUUAAUGCCAGGGAAAAAAGGCAGGAGGAGCAGGACCUCAGCCCUAAAAAGGCAAAGCACACUGUGGAGAAAGCUCCAGGCAAGAGCCAUGCUGAUCCAAACACAACAGCCCCUGGUCCUGAGACCACAAAUGUAGGGGAGGUCAGAGUCAAGACCCUGGAGGAGAUUCGCAGGGAGAAGGCAGUGAGGAUACAAGCUCAGCAGGCCCUGGAGGCUGAAAACAAGAAGAGCUCGGGUUCUGAGGAGAAUGGUGUUAAGAAGCCUCAGCUGCUGCGCAUCAACAAGUUGGCUUCCCAAAGCAACGCCACUUCAGAGAAGAGUGCUGAAGUGACAGAGAAACCACUGAAAACUCCCACUGCUGCUCCUGAGACCAGCCCUACCAGCAGUAACAAUGUCAAGGUCAAGACCUUUGAGGAGAUAAUGCGUGAGAAACGCCUUCGCAAGCAGGAAAUGGAGGAGCAGACCAAAACCUCAUCUGAAGCAAAGCCUUCAGAGAAACAAACAGCUGAUGGAACUCUGAAGAGGAAGACUCCUGCUAAAGUCAGUCUUACGCCACCUUCCUCUACUGCUCUGACCCCUGACACAACCUCCUCCACCCAAGAGUUCCCUGUUCGUAAACUGAUCCCCCUCAGAUCGAAAGCUGCUUCACUUCUGAACACCACUACUACAUCUGGUACAACAGCUACUACUGUUACAACGGUGACCUUGGCCCCUUUGAAGCAGAGCUCUUCUCCAUGGCACGGUGAGACUGAGUCACAACCACAGAGCUCCAGCGGCUUCAGGGAGGUCCCAGAAAAAAAGUCACCCAUCAAGCAGGCCAGAGCAGCUCCUCAGGGUCCUGCUGCACUGCACACUGCAAACACCAAAGUGAGGCCCAAACUGAACGUGAAGCCAUCUGUUGUGAAGCCUGCUGUGCAUGUGAAACCAGGCCAGAAGAGGAGAGGAGCAGAGCGAUCUGCUGUCGCUGCUGUGAAACCUCUGAACACCACCACCUCUGCAGUGCUGGAGGAGCCACUGCAGGAGAUGGCAUGCAGAGAUAGACAGGUGUUCCCAUCUCCCAGUGCAGAGGCUCAGUUGAGCUCUGCUGUUCCCCGUAGUCCUAGCACCUUGCCGGACUCAGGCUCCAGCUCCAGCCCUCUGAGAGAGGAGCUCCAGACGGUCCCGGUCUUCAAACAGAGUCCAAGCCAAGAAACCAAGCCAACUGUCAGUGUUGCUGCUCCCAAAGAGGCUUGCACGGUCCCACAAAGCCCAGUCCUGAGGAGUACCAAUCAGCCCAAGACACGGAGACCAAGCGCAGUUGUGUGCCGCACUACCUCCACGUCCAGCGCUGCUUUCUCCAUCUCGGGUGUGGACGACUUUGAGGAGCUGAUCAACGAGUUCACAGAUGACCAUCUGGAGGAAGACAUGGAUCCCGGCAUCGCAGAGGAUGACCUGCUGCAGGAACUGUCAGAGAUGAUUGACAGCUGAGCGCUCUGCUGAGCACAGUACAUGUUGCCUGGUUUCUUGCUCACACCCUUAUCUUGUGACUGUAUUUACAAGAAAUGAAGACCAUCGCAAUAUGUGCCAUGCAGGGUUUAAGAACUUUUUUUCUUUAAUGGUCAACUAGUUGAAAGCUUAUUGUUCAUAUUUUUUGUUCUUUACAUUUUAGGCAUCUUCUGUCAUACAAUCCUGUUCAAUUUCCUGCCCUUAUGAUUAUCUCAAGGCCCAGGUAUUAUUCCUCAGGGCUUUAUUUUUUUUAAUGUCUUUUGAUGAUCAUUGUUCCAAUGAGAAGAGAAACUGAAAAAGGCUCCCCUGCUGAGAGAUGUUGUCAAGAACACUUGAGUUUGUUAGGAUUCCUGGAUGAUGAUAAAUGCAUCAUUUUAGAGAGAAGACACAUUUGUGUACUGUGUAUGCAAAGGGAAGAGCGCGCUGAACACAGGAAUAAUGAAUUCUGCUGCACUUAACAGUAGACUGCCUCCAACUACUUGUUUGUAAAUGUAUGAGUGGUAACCUGUCCAGGGUGGACCCCAUCUCUCACCCAAUGUCAGCUAGGAUUGGCUCCAGCCCACUGAGACCCUUUUCAGGAAUAAGCGGUAAAGAUAAUGGCUGAAUGAGUGAAUGAGACCUGUUGCUCAGAUAGUUCCCAGAUUAUGACAUUUAAAUGUACCAGCAUUAAGCAAAUCCAGAACCCCAGAGGAGGUUACAAUGAAUUGUUUAAAAUCCAUCAGUUGUGUUCAGGAUAUGAUUGUUUUGUCUACCAGGUGUAUAUGGUUUAUAGAUUUUAAGUUCAGAUUUUACAGAGUACAACUUCUGCCUGUGAGUGUCCCUUAGUUGUUUGAAUAAUGUUUGACUGAAAUAUGUAUUUUUUUAAACGUUUCUUUUAUUCAGUGGACAGACUUUGAAAUACCUAGUCUGUAAUAAAUGUCUAAGUUCACUCGGGUCUUUGUUAAUGAACACCUCAGGGACUCUGAUGUUUUUUAUGUUCUUUAUAUGGAUGACAAACACUGUAUUUCAGUACAAAAAAAGCUGUGUUUAGUAGUUUUUCUUUUGUGCUGGCAUUAGUUGAUGUGUGGUCUGUGUCAUGUGUUUCUGCCCUGAACCUUUUACACAAACCAGCUGUGCAGAGUGACUUGUACAUAAUACUGUGUAAAUAAAAAUGCUUUAAUACC